GGCGCUUCCGCCGAGCCGGCAUGGACGGGGCGGGCGCGGAGGAGGAGCGGGCGCCCGAACGGCUGGAGUGCAAGGACGAGAAGGAGGAAACAUCACUGAAAACUGAGCAGUUUGUGGUAGAUGCUGAUGCUGCCGCUGGACAAGGUACAGGGAGCAGUGUGCUAUCUGCAUUCCAAAGCACAACUGUAAAGGAAGGAGCUGAGCAUACCUUGGGAACAGAAGAUAGGAUCAGAUCUGUAAAGAAGGUGGUGGAAGAUGGAAGAUACUGCACCCUGCAGGCAACUGGGUCAGCUCCCCAAGACUCGGUGGCACUUGACAGCCAGCUUGAUCUUGCCUCUGUGUGUGGGCAGCUGUCAAAUUCCCUCCGUGACAUGAAGGCUGUGUCCCCACUUCCUGUGGUUGGAUUUGUACCGGAGCCCACAGGUCAGUCAGGGGCACGUGAGCAGUGUGAGAGCUAUUACUCGGAUGGGACUGAAAAGGAGGCAAAGAAGAAAAAAAGUAAUGACGGAAGUGGAAUGUGGGCUGAGAAAGCAUCUAGUGGAAUGCCUGGAGACCUCUGCAGGCAGCGUGUGAGCAGCCCAGCUACUCGCCAAUCAUCCAGAUGUGCUUCAGCCAACCCUGCAACUCAGCAGUCCUACAAGGUGUCUUCAGCUCUGGCAUGUGGAAGUAGCCAUGAUGGGACCAAAGGAAAGAGUGAGUUAUUUGAGAAUCCAGGAAUUCUGCCACCGGUGAGGAAGAAGCCACGCACCUUAUAUAGCGCAGAGCAGCUAGAAGAGUUGGAGAAGAUGUUCCAGGAAGACCACUAUCCCGACAACGAGAAGAGGAGGGAGAUCGCGGCUGUGGUUGGUGUAACACCACAACGUAUCAUGGUCUGGUUUCAGAAUCGCAGGGCAAAGUGGCGGAAAUCGGUGAAGUUGAGUGUGAAAGGCAACAAAAAAUACCCAACAUCAUCAACUCUCUCAGUCACCUUUGGGUCAGAUGGUUGUGGGGCACCUCUUCUGCCCAUGCCUCCAUUGCCUGACAUUGCUCAUGACCAGCCUGCCAUGCUAGAUGUAGACACUACAGCUGGGAACUACUCCAGCCUGCUCAGUGGACAUCCUGCACCACUUGCCUCCUCCUCAGUCUCCUCAGUGGCUGGAAUGGUGGCCCCAUGUGAAGCAGCUCAGACAAAGGUGUUACAACAGCUCAACUUGAAUUCCAGCAGAACGGAGUGCUCCCUUAGUCUUCCCAGUCCUCCGCCCAUCCGCAGGGCCAGCCUACCUCGCAGCCUGUCCUUUGACCCCCACAGUCAUAUUGCUCCCUUGAUGCUGGACACUCCCAGCAGUGAAUGCAGCUUGUCCAGUCAGGAAAACGGCUCCGGGCAGGCCUUCAAUUACAGCAUCCAGAAUCAAGGCUUGAGUUCACCAGUUCCCUGCAAUUAUCCUGAGCAACUGGAAUCAGGAGGUGACCUAGAGACCACGUACUGUCAGUACUGCAGCCAGGGUGGAAUUUACCAGCUGCCCCCAUAUCCUGAACAGCACCAGCUCUCCCAGUUCCACCAUCUGCCAGGUCACCUGGCCAGCAGUGUGCCCUCCAGUGUCCACCUCGCUCCUACAAUGCUGCCCGAGUCCCACAGAGAUUUCCUUGCCUUACCCGGUGACAGUGGAGUUGUAACCUGUGGGGCAGCAGGAGCCACACAAGGCUACAUACAAAACCACAUGGAGGGACAGCUGUUGUUACAGGAGCCAAAUGAAAACUCAGCAGGCAUUGCUGCUUAUGAAGCUGUCCCCUGGAGUGAUUUCUGCAUGCAGGGAGCUCCAUUCUCCAACCAGCUGCACUCACGAAUGCAGUUUUCUAGCACAGCCGGAGGACAGUACUUCACAGAGCAGAUUUCCUACACUCAGCCACCUUGCCUGCCCUCCUCACCGUGUUUUCUUCGAGUGCCCAAUGGAACAGCACUGGGAUCCAUGCCACAUACUGGAAAACAAAAGGGAGUGACACCACCAGGCCAGAGUUCAUACCAGAACCACCAAACAGAGCCAGAGUUGACAUCGCUUGUUGAAAGAGAGGAAGCAGAGAGUAGCAGCAAGAAAGGAGAGACUAUUGCUGAAAUUAAAGAGGAAACUAAUGACUGAUGCUGCUGCACUCUGACAAGAAAACAAAGGAAGAGGAAAUGUUGCCAUUUUAAACUGUGCACAACAAGAAGAGAUAAAAAGAGAUGAGAAUAAUAGUAUUUGCAACAGAAGCACUUUUUGGUUUCUUUUUUUGGGUUGUAUUUUUUUUUUUCUUGUUGACAUGAUUAUUUUCCUGCUGAGGAAGGAAGCAGGGAAAUUUCAAUCAAUAAAGGCUUCUGCUUUGUGGUUUUUGCAAA